GGCGAAUUCAAAAUCGCCUUCGAAUUUCCUCUUGCGUUUCGCCUCGAUUUGACUGCAGGCCACCAGGCCCACAAGGACUACCAAAAGGAACACCCUCAUCGCUCCGGGGGUGGUCUACCCUCUUAACAAACCAAUGGACACUGUUAUUUACGGUCAAAUUAACCUACGACGUUAAAAGUUAAAAGUCCCCGUCGAACCGACCGUACGCGAUAUACCACGACCAGUUUUUGAUUAUUAUCCGAAAUGUUCUUCUUCUUCUUUGGCGAGGCAUGUGCGAGUGCGCGGCGCCUAACCUAAAGAAAAUACCCGCACGGAGCAGGCCCGAAUGUCGAUCGGGGCCCCGUCGUCCAAAAGGGGUGUUGGUAGCAGGGUUGAUUUUUUUCAUGAUCGGGGGACGAAGGGUCUAUGGGGUGUGUAACGUCACGCAGCAGCAGGAAAAACGGAAAAAAUAUUUUUAUAACUGGAGGAAGUGGAUUUAUAGGAAAGGCUCUUAUUGAAAAACUGUUGCGAUCUUGUCCUGGUUUAGGUAACAUUUACGUUCUUUUAAGAUCGAAGAAAGGAAAGACUUUAUAUAGCAGAGUGGAGCAAAUAUUAAAUUGUCCACUUUUCACCCUAUUGAAACAAGAACAUGCCGAGAGUUUAAAAAAAAUAAUACCAAUACAAGGGGACAUCACGGAAAUAGGUUUUGCUCUUUCAGCAAAUGAUGAAAGCAUUUUAAUAAAUGAAGUAGACAUCUUCUUCCAUAUAGCAGCUUCAGUGAAAUUUGAUGAUUUUCUUAAAGAUGCCAUUCUCACCAACAUAAGGGGUACUAGAGAAGCUGCUUCACUGGCAUUAAAAAUGAAGCGAAUUGAAGUUUUUAUGCACGUAUCAACUGCAUAUUGUAAUGUUGAUAAGUCAAAGUAUCUCGAGGAAAUCUUGUACCCAUCUCGAGGAGAUUGGAAAGAAGCCCUAUUGGUAGCAGAAAAUUGUAACUCAACAACACUAUCAAUUUUUUCUCAAAAAUACAUUUCACAAUUUCCCAACACUUAUACUUACACCAAACAAUUAGCCGAGCAUUGUGUAAACGAUAUGCUCCUUGGUGAAAUACCAACAGUGAUUUUUAGACCUUCCGUUGUUGUUAGUACCAUCACGGAUCCAAUGGUAGGAUGGAUCGACAAUUUUAAUGGACCAGUGGGCUUAGCCAUAGCUGCAGGAAGCGGACUCUUAAGAUGUGCUUAUGGUGAUGGUAAUGUUGAAAGUGAUUAUAUACCGGUUGAUAAUGCUAUUAAACUUAUGAUAAGCGCUGCUUGGAAUAAGGCUUCAAUAGAAACACCAAACGAACUACAAAUUUAUCAUGGUAGCAAAUACAAAACUAGUCAGUUCAAAUUUGGCGCCUAUAUAACUUUUGGGAAACAGCUAUUUUGGGAUGAACCCUUUGAAAAUAAAAUCUGGACUCCUGCUGCUGCAAUAACCACUAAUUGGCUGUAUUAUUUCCUAAAUGUUAUCCUUUUUCAAAUCGUACCAGCUUUACUUUUGGAUACAAUAAUGGUUUUGGCUCAAUUGAAACCCAGACUGUUUAAGAUUCAACGUAAAAUCUAUGUAGCCAAUAUGGCUCUGUACCCUUUCAUGCUGAACGAGUGGCAAUUUAUAAAUACAGAAGCAAGGCGACUCUUGCAGCAAAUUCCCCGAACAGAAAUGGUCGAUUUCAACUUCAAUGUUUUUCCCAAAGACGAUCGGAGCAUAUAUGAAUAUUAUUUGAUCUCUUGUAGUCAUGCCAGGGUGCAUUUACUGAAAGAAAAUAAGGAGAAAACAAAUAGGACCAUAAUUAAAACUCUUGUGAUGUAUUAUUUGGAUAAGUUGGUAAAGGUAGCUGCUUUUUUGCUCACAGCUUGGACGCUAUUAUUCAAGAUUGAUAUCCUACAAAUCUUAUGGAAAGGUUCUUCUACAUAUUGGGAUAGCUCGUAACAAUGUGUUGAUUUUUUUGUACUCACGUCGUGUUUAUAGCAUCUCUAUUCUUAAUAAAUUUAAGUAUGC